AUGGUCGCCUCUUCACUCCUCCUCGCCGCCACCGCGCUGCUCCUCCGGACCGGUUCCGCGCAAACCUUCCGGCGGCUGGGAACAUGUCCGACCUUAGGAUGUAUUCUUCCUCCGGACCAGGCUGACUUCCUGUCCGGACAGUAUUUUGAUAUUCGUGUCGAAAUCCAUGCGCCGCUCAAUGGCUCCGAAGCAACCAAUUCUCCUCCAGACGAGAAAUUCACGCUCACCAUCGAGAAGGAGGGUGGCCGACGUGCCGCUGAUGUCUCGAACUACUUCCGAACGGAGGAACCUAAGCUUGAGAAAUGGCAGUUCAGCUGGUAUGAAGAUCUCUUCGCCCAGGAUGCUAAAACGCCGACGAUCGUCAAUGUCACCUCCAAGGCCUGGCGGUACGUCCAGCUCACCGACCCCGGUGAGUAUACCGCGACUCUAACCUGGAGCGGUGGGGAGACGGUUGCGAGCUGGUUGGUCCGCGAUAUGGAUACCUCUCGCAAGGCUAAGAACGUCAUCCUCUUCAUUGGUGAUGGCAUGACUACCAAUAUGAUCACCGCCGCUCGCCACCUUGGUCACAAGUCAAUUAACGGUAUCUUCCAGUCGCGCUUGGCCCUUGACAAGUUCCCGGUUCCAACCCUAACUCACUCGAUCGACUCGUUCAUUACCGACUCGGCCAACUCGGCCAGUGCCCUGUACUCUGGACACAAGAGCAGUGCAAACGCCCUUGGCGUUUAUGCGGACUCCUCCAAGAGCCCUUUCGAUGAUCCGAAGGUGGAACUCAUCUCGGAAAUCUUCUCCCGCAAAUAUGGCGCCAAGAUCGGCGUUGUCAGCACGGCGUAUAUUGCUGAUGCCACACCCGGUGGGCUUUCCGCUCAUACCCGCUUGCGAAGCGAAUAUGGCGCCGUCGUCGACUCCUACCUCAACUCCGUCGCCAAUUACACCUGGACGGAUAUUGAGGGUGUGGACGUUCUGUUCGGAGGAGGUGCCGAGCAGUUCUACCCGCCGUCGCUAGGCGGUGUGACAUACCAGGAUAAGGAUUACUACGCCGAAUUCGCCGAGAAGGGCUAUUCUCUCGCACAAAAUAAGACGAGCCUGCAGUCUCUUCCCAACGACAAGAAGGCACUUGGUAUCUUUACUGUCAACAACCUGCCAGUCUGGUUAGACCGCAAUGUCUACCCCGAGAACCUCAAGCUCGGCAACUCCCCCGAUGGUCUUAAGACGGACCAACUUGACCCCCCGGGCCUCAAGGAUAUGACCCUCAAAGCCAUCGAUAUUCUUCAGACACGUUCCGAGGGCAAGGGAUACUUCCUCAUGUCCGAAGCCGCCUCAAUCGAUAAGCAGAUGCACUCCAUGGACUACGACCGUGCCCUUGGCGACCUCCUGGAGCUCGACGACACCGUCAAGGCUACCAUUGAGAAGCUCAAGAAGGACGGCACCCUCAAGGACACUCUGAUCCUUGUGACCGCUGAUCACGGCCAUGGCUUCGACGUCGCCGGUGGUGUCGACACCCUCUAUCUUGAGAAACAGGAGGGCGACCGCGAGAAGCGUGGUGCCAUCGGUACCUACCAGGAGUCCGGCCUCUCCCAGUACGUCGUCGGCGAGCAGAAGACCGAGGGCUUCCCAGCCGAUUGGGACCCGCGAUACACCUUCCAUUCCGGCCUCGCCACCUUCCCCGACCAUCGUGAGAACUACAAGGUACACAAGGAAGGCCCGCGCACCCCGGCCAUCAACCUGAAGCUUCUGGGAUCCAGCGACUACUAUGUCAACUACAAAGACGCCGUCACUGGCUUCGUCGUCAAUGGUACCCUUCCAAUCGGGGAGUCUCAAGGCGUCCACUCCCUCACCGACGUCCCCGUCUACGCCCUCAGCGGCCCCUGCCAAGACCUCUUCUCUGGCUCGUUCAACAACAUCGACAUCUUCUUCGGCAUGGCCGAGUGUCUGGGCCUCUCCGAGAAGGGCACCCGUGGCCGCCGCGGGCGCUGGGGCAAGGGCCGGAGGAAGAACGGGUGGGGCGACGAUGACUGGAUGGUGUGGUAA